AUACGAUUCCUAUACGGUGAAAAGGUUUUUAAACUGAUUGGAGGGUUUUAAGGACACGUGUCAAGAAUUAAAUGUUUGGGAAUCUCUCUCAUGUUACAAGGCUAAUCUCAUACCGUUUCAGGAAAGACACAUCAAUACUUUCUUGAUACUGAGAAUCAUUUUAUCCCCAUUGUCUCUUGCUUUGAAAAAUUGGCGGAUCUUCAUUCUGAGCACGAUGCUUGUCUCAGAGAUUUCUAUUGGUUAUAAUUAACCAGUCAUGAAUGCGAGAGUUAAGUAACCUGGUACCUAAGCUUAGUAUCGCAUGGCACUGUAAGCGUAUAUAAUUUGGCUUGUGUUGCGUGAAUCUGUACAAGUUCAGUUCCUGACUGAUUAUAGAGAAAACGUUAGCCUUUGGUGGACUGCAGACAGCAGACCGUAAUUAACUCUCACAAGUAGAUACUGAACCCUAGAUACUAUGUCUACUAUUAACGAUCUUAUAGUGACUUAGCACGUGGGUCACAUGUGACCAAAUGUUGCAAUCGAUACGACUGUAAUUGGGUGAAAAAUCAGUACAUGUUGUAGACUUUUUUUUCUUUUUCAAAUGGCUAAUUUAUAGUUCAAGUCUUCAACAGAGACUUCCAGUCUUCUAUUUUCUAGGACUCAAAAGCAAAAUUACUCUUCCAUGUUGAGAAACUAAUCUGCAUUAUGUAGUAGGAACAUUGUAAGCUUACGAAAUAGUAUCAGUGGCGUCUAUUUUCAAUACAUACAUUUUCACUAGGAGUCUGGACAAGUUUGAGAACGAGAAUUAGGAAGUCUUCCCAGUGAGCUUUGCACAAUCAACAGCCCAGCUCAUGAGUUCUACAUAAGACGGUGCUCAAAAUGGUCAUAGACACUUGCCUGCACUGACCUCAAAGCAUGACGUUAUCUUAUAAGCUCUUCCUGAGGUCGAAGGUCAAACAUCCUUUGCUGGCAAAGUCGUACAAGAAAUUCAUCUUCGCAACAUCGUCAACCUUGUUUGUAUUUCUAGUGUUUCAAGUAUGGAGUGGCUCCAUUCCAUUAUAUCAAGGAAAGAUUACUAGCGACAGAACCCGAAGUCUCAGAGAUCUAAACAACAGAGAGGACAUGUUGACCAGAAGAGCUCAGAUCGACUCAACAUGCAAGUUGUUUCCUAACAUGUCCGAGGCUCUAAUGACGUCGAAGUGGCUGGUUUCCCGAAAGCACAAUUUCCUGUACUGCCCUGUAGAGAAAGUGGCCUCGACCUUCUGGAGACGUUUCUUGCACCAGCUGGAGUACACUAAUCCCAUGAGGUCACCGUUUGAUAUAAGUGCUCAUCACAUCUAUUCCCACAUCGACACUAACACGUCAGUCUACGAGACAAAGAACCAACUCGCCCAGCUUCUGCAUAAGUCAAUCAAACUUCUUUUCGUCCGCGAUCCUUUCAACCGACUCUUCUCGGCGUAUGUGGACAAACUCUUGGCGCCGAACCCAAUCUUUUGGCGGAUCUGGGGCGUCAGAGCCAUCCAGCAGUUCCGCAGCACGCCCAAAGGCGGCCAGGCCAAGCCCGCCUGCGGCGAUGACGUCACUUUCGGGGAGUUCGUCAGCCUGUCCGUGAGCCCGGUCGGACAGCUUGACCACCACUUGAUGAGAAUAGUCGGGCUGUGUUCUCCUUGUUACGUAAACUACACCAUCGUGGGCAAGAUGGAGACCUUCGCCCGAGACACGGGACUGCUCUUGAGACAUCUCGACAUCAACGAGAGUGACCUUCACCUGGACAGGAUGUCUGACGAUGUCACGAAAGACGCAGUGGAGGAUUCGGUUCUGGACGCCAUGAGUCCGACCUGGAUGAACAAGUCUUUGGGCUGUAUCUCAAAAGAUGACGUCAUCGCCAGGAUUUGGCGAAAGCUGCAGAUACGAGGGUUCAUCAGCUGGAGAAUCGACCCCCAGAUGGCGCCUGAAAACGUUCGCGAUAUCAACGGCGCGUUGUUAACAGAUCUGCUCAAAAUGGCGGUACUAGCCUCCACCAAUCGCACGGAACUAAGCAUCCAAAAGUCCCAGGCUUUACUUGAGGCAUACAGUACGUUAGCGGAGAAUCAGUUCGACAGCAUUCGGCGAGUUUACGACAUGGAUUUUAAACUUUUUAACUAUAACUCGCAACCGGAAGAGCUUUCGCCAACCAGAUUAGCAGAAGUGAAGCAUACGGGAGCAUUUGAUUGGCGAAAAAAGUGGGAUUUAACAUCUAUUUUAUAAUCUGUCUUCUGGAUUUAAAAAAUAACCUUUCUGUAAAAACAAAAUUCAAUUCCCUUAAUUAUAACUUACAAAAAAAAAAGUUUCCAUUCCCAGAUAGGCUGAUAUACCUGUGUUAGAUAAGCGAAAGCUUUUUGAGAAAUAGCCUACAGUCUUCGCAACGGAAGAACACACGAGCUGUGUUGAAUAACUCUGCCCAUAGACACAAUAAACGCACUAUUUAUCUAUUCAGUAUCCUGACAGCUCGCUGGGAUCUUUGACAGUACGUCUAGACCAAAGACAUAUAAUCCUGUGGACUAGACUUAGUAUGUUGUAUAAUCCAGUGGUUGUCAAACCUUUUUUUUUUGUUUACCCAAGGACCAGGGAUUGUCUAUUGAGAUUAUAAAUUUUGUUUAAAAUAAAAAAAAUAUUGUAGAUGUG